AUGUCUGGUCGAAAUGAUAGUGAAUUCAACGCCAGCAGAAAUUUACCGGCUCUUUACCAGCCUUCACCAAUGACGUCAGUUUCACCAAGGAAUCAAAUCAGUUCAGUCGAGGCCAAUAACGUCGUUUGUGAAUUAGAAUCCAAAUUGAAUGCUGAUUAUUCUGAUAAAAUCACAUGUCCAAAUUCAAUUUCACCUGUUCCAGCUGAUAUUGAAACAAAAGCAAAUGAAUGGGUGAAAGCGAAAUCAUAUGAAGAUCGCUGUUUUGGUCGUGAUAUCAGAGCAAUAUUAGGUAAUUGGGAUACAUUAAUGACUCAUUUUCGAAAUGAAUUAAAUGAAAAACGUAAGGAAAUGAUUGACGAUCCCUGGAUGAAUGCUAUGAUCACAGCUGAUCAAUUAUCGUUCCCAAAAGAAUCUGACCGAUUAAUUUUCUGCGUCAAGGAAACAUUAGCACCAAUAUUCACGAAAAAAGCGGGUCCGCUCAUUCAGCAAAUCAAUACGUUUUUAGGGCGAGAAAUCGGAGCUAUUGUGCCAACAACCUUUCUAUCCGAUGUCAUUCAAGAAUUACUUGAAUUUAUAAUUAAUCAGGUUUAUGCAGCAUUUGGAGGGCCAGGAGGGAAAAAGCUCAGUAGCUGGCAAAACAUUUUAAUUGAACUGUGCUUAUUCAUCCUUAAAUGGAUUCUCCUUCUCCUUGUUCAAAAUCUUAUUAAGCUAUUGGAAUCUGGUUAUCCAUUGAUCACUUUGCUUUUACGCAUAACACCUUUUUUCAUCAGGUAUAUUAUUAAUCAACUGCGUAACACAGUAUGCAAGUAA